CCUCAAAUCCUGUCAAAUCCCGCGAGGCCAUGUCGCAGCCAGUUCAGAUGCGAUCCGCGACGACGUCCGCGACGCCCACCAUCGCGGAGCGCCCUCGACCAUGGUACCGAAAACUCCUCGCGGCCGCGCUCUGGUUCGCCAUGGACCAAUGGUUCCUGAUCAUGGUCGGCAUCCUCAUCAUUAUCGCGUCCCAGGUUCAAGUCCCCGCUGCGCAUCAGUCCAUCAAGAGCGAGGUCAUCAGCUACCUCUGCGUCGCGAUCAUCUUCCUCAUCACCGGCCUGACGCUGCCCACCAAGAUCCUCAUCGCGAGCGCGUCUAGGAUAUGGUUGCACCUUUUCGUGCAGUCCUUCUGCUUUCUGUUGGACUCGGCGAGCGUGUUUGCGGUGGUGUCGAUCAUAGGGACGAACCACCAUUUCAUGGACGGCGGGUUGAUGGUCGGCCUCAUUUUUAUGGGAUGCAUUCCUACUACGAUAUCAUCGAACGUCGUCAUGACCCGCGCCGCGCACGGAAACGACGCCAUCACCGUCGUCGAAUCUACUCUCGGAAACGUCCUCGCACCCUUUCUUACCCCGCUUCUCAUCAAGAUGUACCUCGCGUGCGACGCAUGGUGGACCCACGCCGUUCCGCCCUCGGCAAGCGACCUCUCCGACCUCUACCGGCGCGUCUUCAAGCAGCUCGGCCUAAGCAUGCUCGUCCCCCUCUUCGUCGGGCAGCUCGUUCAAAACGCCUUCCCCGCACCCGUCAAGAAAAUCAUGACCGGGUACAAAGUGUCCAAGCUCUCGAGCUUCUGUCUGCUCGUCAUCAUCUGGUCCACGUAUGACAAGGGGUUCGAGACCGGCACCUUCACCUCCGUCCCGGGGUCGAACAUGAUCCUCGUCGUCUUCGUCUCCGUCGGCUUCUACCUCCUUUGGCUGGCCCUCUCCGUCGUCCUAUCCAGGCUGCUCCGAUUCAGCAAGCGCGACACGAUCGCGGUCGCCUACUGUGCCCCGGCGAAGACGCCGGCGAUGGGUGUCCCCCUCGCGAACGCGAUGUUCGCCCACCUCGACGGCGUCACCGCGUCCAAACUCCAGAUCCCCCUCGUCAUCUUCCAGGGACUGCAGAUCGCGGGUGGCAGUAUAAUGACCAUUCCGUUCCGGAGGUGGGUCAGAGACGAGGAGGAGCAGGCUAAGUUGCAAGCCGCCGCCGACCGCACCAGCGAGACCACGGGCAACGAUCAGGACGCUCCUGUUGGCGACAUCGAAAAGCGGGGUGAAACACUGUCAGACGCAAAGCAAUGAUGAUCUUCCUGCAUGCCGUAACGUUCUCCUUGGAUCGCAUUUAGAGAACCUUAAUCUACGCUAAUCUGUUAUGCUCACGUCAACACUCUAACGCAUGCUUAUCGAUUCGUCACCUGUGUACAGUCUCAUCUGAAAAAUGCAGCUCCUUC